AAUAUGGGUGUGACUUCUCAUCUUCCUCCCCUCCCUCUUAUGUCACUCCUUCAGUUACUUUGAAUUGGAAUAAAAACUGCAGCAAACUUCAGAGGCUGGCUCUCUGAGCAGACUUGACAAGACCUGGGACCUCCCCCACCCCUCGUCUCUCCUUUGUAUAGGCUGCGAGGAGAACUCCUUGCCUUUUGCACAUUAACCCGAGGAGCAAACAAUGGCCAAGUUCUGGUUGUGUGCAGCUGUUGGACUUUACUUGUUGCAGCUUUGCUCAGCCCAGAUAGGUUUGAAUAUAAGUUGUAGAUAUGCAGGGGUUUUCCAUGUUGAGAAAAAUCAUCGCUACAGCCUCACAAGAGAAGAUGCCAUUGCACUUUGCAAAGCCCUCAACAGCACCAUCCCAACCUUAGAGCAGAUGAGGAAGGCAUACAACCUUGGGUUUGAAACCUGCAGAUACGGUUAUAUAGAAGACAAAGUUGUAGUUCCACGGCAUACUCCUUAUCAUCUUUGUGCAGCUAAUACUACUGGGAUUUAUAUACUUUCUACUAAUGGAUCUGAACGAUAUGAUACAUAUUGCUUCAAUUCAUCAGAGACAAGAGAUAAAGUCUGUGACCCAGUGAUAAAGUUAUAUUCUGUUUGGCCUAAUAAUGGAAGUACAAUAGAAAUUUUCAAUGCAGAUGGAUCACGCUAUAUUGAGGGACAGAAGUUCACAGAACGGCCAUCAGUUACUGAUGAUGAAAUUACUGCAGGCAGUGGUUCAGCAAAUGACAGACCAACAACAGAUUCCAGUUUCAUCAGACAUGGUAUCACCCAUUAUGCAGAUCGUGUUACUCCACCAUAUCAUGCUGGUGCAGGUGAUGAAGUAGAAGACCAUUUGAAAGAUCAACACACACAACAUCCUACUGUUGAAGUGUCCAACAACAGAAAGCAUCAUGAAAACUCUACUGAAGGCCAGCAUAUUCCUCAGGAGUUCCCUCUGUGGUGGCCACCAGAAGAAAAUGAAAGAAGGCAGACCACAACUUUUGGCUAUGAUGAGAGUUCUGAAGAAAACGAUGAUGAUGGUGGAGGUGACGAUGAUGAUGAUGAUGAUGAUGAUAGUGAAGAAGGGUCUGGACAUAUAAAUCCUGAAAGAGUUAUUGAGUGGGACAACAGUGGUGAUCAGGAACUACAGCCAUCGAAUACCACUGUGGUCACAAGCAAGGAUGUUAAAUAUGAAGAUUCAACCCAUGAACCAUUGCUACAUGGUGUAUACUCUGGAAAGGGAAGUGAUGUCAAAUAUUCAACAAAUGGCACAUGGACAGCUAUGCCACAUGGACAUCCACAUCUGGCUGAUCAUGAACAUUACUCCACAGCUACUGACAUCAUCACAACAGCUGUGUCCCCCAGCAAUGAUUUCUUCAAGCAGGAAGAGUCAAAUGGGCUUUCACAAGAUGGCAAUCAUUCUGGAUUGGAAACCAAGGAUACAGUACUUACAACAACUAACUCUUCACAUAUAUUGCAUCCUGGACUUGUUCCCUCAAAGGAAAGAGAGAGUACCCUGGAAAAUGAAUCUUUCCAUCAUACAGUUAUAUUCUUCAAUGAAAGUGCUCAACAUGGAGAAUCACAUCAAGACCAUUUGCAACCUGUGGAUACAUCUGGACAAAGAAAUAAAAUUAGUUCUGCCACAAACAGAACAAUCAGUGGUGUCCUUGAGAUACUUCUCCCUCCAGAUGAGAGUGAUGAUGAAAAUGCAUCUUCUCAGACAGCAGAUGUGGUGUCUAACAAUGGAAUAAAACAUGAAGAAUCUACUGAAAGAUCACUUUCUCAUGGUGUGCAUUCUGAAUGGACCACUGAAGAAAUAUACCUCACAGACACAUCAAUCAAAGCUAUUCUCCCUGAAAUUUUGCAUCAUCCAAGUGAAAACGAACAUAAUAAUGAAUCAGUUUAUACAGUUGUGGAUGCCACUGAUGAUACUAACCACGAAGAUUCUUCAAACAAUACGCUGAUCCAUGGAAUCCAUUCCAGCUGGAGCCCGGAAGACCGUUUUCCUGCAAACACAUCUGGAGAUGAUGUUCUCCCUGACAUCAUUUCUCCAAAUGAAAGCACGAUUGAAGGAAAUUCAGAAACAUCUCAUACAGCAAUAGUUCCCAGUGAUAGUGCUCCCUAUGAAGACUCUGCCCAUGAAACAAUUUUGCACAAAGAACACUCUGAAUGGAAAAGUGAAGAAAAAUAUCUCACCAACACAUCUGGAAUUCAUUUUGGACCUGGUAUUGUUCAUCCAACAGAGAGUGAGCGUGGAAAGGAACCGUCACUUACAGCUGUUGCCUCCAGUGAUAAUGGCAAGCAUGAAGACUCUACAGAAGACCCCCUACUUCAUGGUAUGCCUCCUGGAUGGGAGAGUAAAAGUGACCUUCCUAUGAACACAACAAGGGACCAUGUUCCACCUGAAAUUAUUCCUUCAAAUGAAAUGAUUCAUGAAAAUGAAAUAUCUCAUACAGUUCUUGACUCCAAUGGUGGUGAGGAAUAUGAAGAUUCUAUGCAAGAUUCAUCGACUGACAAAACACAUACUGGCUGGACCAGUGAGCCCAGGCAUUCAGCAAAUCAGUCAAAAGAUUAUUGGGUGCCUGGAAUUAUUCUCCCUACUGAAAAUGUGCAUGGGAAGGAAACGCCACAUAAAGACUCAACUCAACCUCCUAUUCAUCACCCAGGCUCAGAGACUGAAGAAGUAUAUCCCAUUAGUAUUUCUAGAGAUGGGGUACUGGUGGGAAUUUAUAGUGAAAGUGAAAAUCAUCAAUUAUCUACAGAUGUGGUCUAUGAUGGGACCAAAGAAGAUACAACCCUAGAACCAGUGAGGCAAUGGGUUAGUGAAGACAAAUACACUACAAAAUCCCCAGCAGAUGUCAUAAUUCCAGGAAUUGUUCCUCGAGGAGGGAUAAAUCAAAAAAAUAAAACCGAACAUACAGCUGUGGCUGCCACUGAUGGGUCCAAAAAGGGAGAACCGACAGAAGUGCCAUCAUUGCAUGAAAUGAAUCCUGGACAGAGCAAUCGAGGUGAACAUCUUCUAAAUAACACUCAGGAAUAUAUGAUACCUGGAGUUUUUUCUGAAGUUGACAGUGGUUCUGACAGACAACCAUCAAAUUCUGACAGUUCCAGCCCAGGUGGACAUGGAAGGGGAGUGUCCCAUUCAGGAAAUGUCACACCUCUGCCAGGAGAGUCACCCAAUAGCCAGAAACGAAGGGCUAUCAUACCAGAUUGGCUUAUUGUAGUUGCUUCGCUCUUGGCACUGGCAUUGAUACUUGGUGUUUGCAUUGCUGUGAACAGUCGAAGGAGAUGUGGGCAGAAGAAGAAGCUUAUGAUCAACAAUGGCAAAGGAGGCAUCAAUGAGAAAAACACAGGGGGAUUGAAUGGAGAAGCCAGUAAAUCUCAGGAAAUGGUGAAUUUGGUACAGAAAGAGAAGUUGGAUGACCAAACAGGCCCACGGGAUGAGUUUCUGGCGAUUGAUGAGACACAGAACCAACAAGCGGUGGCCUUGAAAAGUGGGGUGUAAGCAAACUAUGCCCACCCAACUGAGUCAGAGUUGGGAAAACAAUGAAAAGAAAUUGCAUGGAACUGGGACUAGAACUCACAAAUGCAAUGAGCUACUGAUGUCUUUGAAGCAUAAUUAAGCAUACAUUUUUUUUUCUUUUUCUUUUUUAAUGGUCAGGCUGUUUUUUGUUGUGUGCCUUUGAGUUAGGUACAAGAAAUGAAAUGCCACUCCCUCCCUCUGCCCACAUUGCAUAAUUUUUCCCAGUCCAGAUUGUGUUACCAACAUCAACUGUUUCCAGUUUCAAUCUUUUAUCUCAUCAGGCCAAAUGUGAUGUUUUCCCUGACCCUGUCUUGCACCACUUUCCCUUGUUCUCUGUGCAGCCACCAAAAUCUAUAACCCUUAAGACAUUGAAGUACCAAGUAUGAGCCAACAAAUUCAGAAAGGCGAGCUGCCAACAAAGCCAACAUUAUACCAGAUAAAGACCACAACAGGAUUUAUUUUUGUUGUCACUUAGGAGUUUGCCGUACUUUUCACUCACUUUUUUUAAACAUUGCAAUUAUGAUCUGCAGUGAUUGAGGAAAGAGAGACACUUCUGUCCAAACAUUCCACAAUGUUCAGUAACAUUUUUAAAACAAGAAAUAGAAUGGAUGGAAAGACAAGAAAUAAUUAAAUUGAUUUUAUAGCAAAUAAAAUUUUAUUCUCGACAAUCUAAA